CAAUGGUUAAGAAUUUUUUAGAAGUUCAGUGAAAAUAACCUUAGAAUAUUAUAUAUGUAUAAUAUAAUUAUUAAACAAUCAAGUGUUUUUACGUUAAUUAUUUAGUUUGUAAUAAGCUAUGUCAAUAAUCAUCUGUAAUUUUAUUUCAUCACUGACUUGAUAAAUUUUAUUAUUUAAUUGCUUGGCUAAAUCUAUUAUUAAAUAAAAAUGGAAGCAGUACCAAGGUUACCUAUGAUAUCGUUUCAAUUAAAAGUAAGUCCUGAACCUACGGUUUUUGGACCAAAAUUAAAACAAUAUAUUCGAGAUUUUUAUAAUGAAGAUCCAGAGUCAUACACAAAUGAAAUUCAUCAGUUAGAAAAUCUUCGAGCUACGGCAGUUCGUCCACCAAUAGCAGUAGCAGGCUGUUUAUUACUUAAAAGAUAUUAUUGUCAGUUGCAUUUUGUACAAAGUCGAUUUCCCAUGGGAAUUGAUGAGCCUGCAGCAGUUUCCUUUUCAUGGCGAGAUACAUAUGCUAAUAUGGUAUUUAGUUUAUCAAACAUACGUUUUGAAAUAAUAUCAAUUUUAUACAAUAUUGGUGCGAUACAUACACAACUGGGAGCUAGAACAGAACGUACAUCAGCUGAUGGUAUGAAAAUGGCAUGUUCUCAUUUUCAAUGCGCUGCUUGGGCAUUUGAACACUUGCAAAAUAGUUAUCCACAACCACCAGGAGUUGAUAUGGCACCAGAGUUAAUGAAAUUCAUGCAUCAGCUGUGCCUUGCUCAAGCUCAAGAGUGCAUACUUGAAAAGAGUAUGCUAGACAACCGUAAACCAACAAUUGUUGCUAAAGUGGCUAAACAAAUAGUCGAUUAUUAUGCCUUAGCUUUAUGGACAUUGGAACCAAGUAAUAGUGAAGAAAGUACUAUUGCUGAUACAGUUGGAUCAAAAACAUAUAAAAAUUGGAAAAAUUAUGUUAAAUUUAAACGAUCUUAUCAUAUGGCUGUUACUCUAUUGUAUCAAGGAUUAGCCUCGGAAGAGCAACAAAAAAUGGGAGAACGUGUGGCAUUUUAUAACGCUGCAUUAACAUCUUUAAACAGUGCACGAGCUCUUCAUGCUGGCGCUAAAGGAUCUACAGGUAUUACAGGAGUUGCUGGUGAAAAAGAAGCAAUUGAAGAAGCUCUUGUAUUUACUAAUGACGUAAUUGAGGGUAAAAGAAAGGCUGCAAAAAAUGAAAAUGAAUUUAUUUAUCACGAGGAAGUUCCUGAGAAGGAUGCUUUGCCUACGGUAAAUGGUGCAUCAUUAGUCAAAGGUAUUUCUUUCAAUGUCAAUGAUCCAGAAGUAUCUGGACCGGACAUUUUCGUUAGAUUAGUUCCCAUGAAAGUUCAUGAAGCGAGUUCACUUUAUUCUGAGGAAAAAGCUAAAAAACUUCGAGCAGUAGGCUCAAAGAUUGAAGAAAAAGAUCAAGCACUUGAAAUGUUUCUUGCAUCAUUAAAAUUACAGCACUUAAGUCUUUGGGAUCCUGAUCGUACAAUAGAUGCUGAUACUUUGCCAUUUCCAGAAGGAUUAGCAGAAAGAUGUGCAGCAUUAAAUGCUAAACCAACUGCUAUUCAAGAUCUUGAAGAUAUUACAGCAAAAUUAUCAGCAACAUACGGUGAUGUUGAGACAAUGUUAAAGAAUAUUGAUAAAUUACUUACAGAAGAAGAUCAAAAGGAAAAAUUAUACCAGGAAGCAAUGGGUAAACGACCUCCAUCAAUUGUAGCAACAGAUUUAACCAGAGAAGCAAAAAAAUAUGAAGAAGCCCAUGCCAAAGCAUCAGAAAGUAAUCAAGCUCUUCACCGAGCAAUGUCACUCCAUUUAAAUAAUCUUCAAAAGCUGUCGCAACCAUUAGAUCAACUGAUGGCAAGUAUUCCUUCAAUUGAUCAUAAUGUCAAAGGUGGAAGUGAAACAGAAAAACAAAAUGUUCGAGAAUUAAAGAGGAUACUUGGAAAGGUAGAAGAAAUGCAAAAACAAAGAAGUGAACUUUAUUCAAAAUUAAGGGAAUCUAUAUCAUCAGAUAAUCUCACCCGUCUUUUAGUAACGGCAACAGCUGAGUCAGCGCCAUUGGACACUCUAUUUUCUGAGCAGCUUGAAAAGCAUCAAUCUUUAAUUAAUUUAAUUGAUCAAAAUCUUGCUGCUCAAGAUAAUAUACUGACAGCUUUGACGGAUGCUUAUGCACAAACAGUUGAGACUCGUAAGUCUGUGGAAGAAGUUAUGAAAAAACGCGAAUCAAUGAUAUCAUCAUUAAUUAGUUCUUAUGAUGCUUAUGAAGAUUUGCUAGCUAAGGCAUCAAAAGGUUUAGAAUUUUAUCGUAAAUUAGAGAUGAAUGUUACAAAACUUUUGCAAAGAGUUAAAAGUACAUGUAGAGUCCAAGAAGAAGAACGUGAACAAAUUCUUGUGAGAAAUGGUAAAGCUAGUUCAGUUGAAUCUACAGUAUCAAUUAUACCUGAGAAAAAAACAGGCUCGGGAAUGAAGUUAAGAGAUCACUUAGCAAAUAGACUAAAAAAUAAUCCGACUUAUCAAAAUCCUUAUGGAGAUAAACAAUCAAUUCCUGUUGCUCCAGUACAACCAAACACUCAUACUCCUAUAAAACCUUAUUCCACUGAAUCUACUAUUGGUUCUGAUAGUAUUCCUAUUCAUGCAGUCCCUCCUAUGACAACAGAUCCAGUACUUCAAGAUCCUCAGCAAAUGUAUCAAUACUACGGCUACAAUAAUUACUAUAUGAAUCAAGGGAAUUCUUAUAUUCCUCAACAUUAUAAUUAUACUUCAACAAGUCAAAGUACAUCAGUUCAAGGUUUCGCUAAAUCAAAUACCACAAACAGUGAAAAUAUGUAUCACCAAGCAGGCAAUAUUACAAAUACAGAAGUUGCGAGUAAUAGUAAUCAAUACGCGGGAUACAAUAAUAUAAGAAACGAUUCAAUAUCUUUACCACAAAAUCAAACUCAAUAUACUGAUCAAGGAUAUGAAGAUGCAAAUACAUAUUCUCAAUACUCAGAUUAUCGUACAAAUCAAGUGUACACAAUUGGUAAUACAGGAUAUCAAACUGUUCAAGGACAACAGUCAAACUACAAUCAACCGUAUCAGACUUUGCCACCAAAUCAAUCACCAUCACAUGUUUCUGCUGGACAACUUCAGCCAACAAAUAUAGUUCAAGAUUCAAAUCCUCAAAUUCAAAAUUCCAGUACUGGGACCCAGCAGUAUGAGUUUCAAAAUGUAAACCGUGAAGUUUACGUUAAUCCUUAUCAACCAACAAUUCAGCAACAACAACAAAUCCAACCAACAAUUUCUGAAAAUUUAACUAAUUAUUCAGUAAGUCAUGAUACUCCUUCCUUAGCAUACUCUUUACCACACACAAGUCUUUCUCAACAGAUUUAUCCACAAGAGACUUCGAAUCUACAGUAUCCAGCUGCUCAAAAUCUUCAGCAACCAUCCGUCCAUGCUGCGAAUCCAGGUUAUAAUGUACCAGAACAGUAUUUAACUAAUCAGGCAACAGGAAUCACUUCAAACGAUACUUCUUCUUUGCCAGCUACAUACUCUGGUACUCCUUCAAAUGUUUCCGGUGCAAACCCAAUUGACCAACAGUACUAUCAUACAAAUAAUAAUACUUCAAUUCAAACUGCAACUGCUUACGUCCUUCCAUCUCAACAGGGUUAUAUUGAAGGCGGACAACAAAGUGUACCAACUUCCCAAGUCCCAGUGAAUCCACCUAUUCAAACCUAUCCUAACACUUAUAGUCAAACUUAUUCUAUUGACGCUAAUGGACAUCAGUAUCAAAUGCCACCAAAUUCCAUUGCUGCCCAAGGCAUUUCUGUCAACUAUGCUAAUGAUCCCGAAAUAAUUCAAAGUCAUGCAAAAUCUUCGAAUGUUCAGGGAUUAAUUCAAAAUUAUCAGUAUUCUCUUCAAGGUCAUUCAGGUGCUAUGCAGUAUUCAACAUACCCACAAAGUUAUACAAAUUCAUGGGAUGGGCAACAGGUUCAUACUUCGUCAAGUGAUUCUUAUCAAGGACAUCCUGGAUACUCAUACAAUCCUACUUUAGGUGGAUAUGAGUACAGUUCUGGUUAUCAAAAUUCACAAAGUACUCAACAAGUGACUAUUUCUAAUGAAACAUCUCAGUCUAAUGAUCACACUAAUUCACAUUAUACAAAUGCCAAUAAUGAUUCUACAACUAAUAUUACAACAUCGACGCAGUAUUCUAAUGGGUCUUUUCAGUCUGAAGUUGGUUCUACAGCUAUGAAUAGUCAACCAAACACUAGCUAUAUUCAAACCUAUACCCAAUCAUCAAACAACAGCAAAACAACAACAUCAACAACAAAUUCAGAUAAUAAAAAAUCAGAUGUUUUAUCAACACCAAAGUCUAACUUAGAUUUACUCGCAGAUUUAGAUAUUACAAUAAAUCAUGCACCUUUAGUCCCGGAAGUUCAUUCAAUAGAUAAAGAAAUAAAAUUUGAACCAACUUCUUCAAUACAUGAGAUUAAUAAAAUCAUCGAGAAAAAAGAAGAAGACGCAAUGAGUUUAUCACAAAUUGAUGACAAACUCGAGAACCUUCAGAUUGUCUGGGAUACUUGGUAUAAUGAUGUACAACCAAAAAAAGAUCCUCUAGGUGAUGCAAUAAUCCUUCAAAAGUUCAUCAAUGACAUUGAAAAAUAUGAAAAGUUUGUGGAUAGUCUAACAGUGAAAACUUUGAGUGGUUCAACAAAUCUUGACAUUAAAUGGAAAGAGGUACAGGAUUUUGAAGAACGUGAAUUAAAAAAACAAACGACUAAUGUGGCUCAGGCACAUUCAAACGAAAAUAGAACGAGUGAUUGGAUACCAUAUGACUCAACACGAGUAAUAAUUACAACAGCAGAUCGUUCAUCAGAUUAUAUUAAUGCUUCCCAUGUAAAAGACUUGACUCAAUGGACUCCAACGUUUAUUGUUACUCAAGCACCCAUACCCCAAAGUUUUGAAGCUUUUUGGUCAAUGAUUUGGGAACAAGGAAGUGAAGUAAUUGCUUGUCUGUGUUCUGAUACUCAGCUUAAUGACAUUUACUGGCCUACAAAUAAAGAAACAAACUUGACUAUAGGUAGAUUUACAUUAUCUUUAAAAAAUUCAAUGAAUAACACAACGCACGUUCAGAGAGUUAUUGGAAUAACUCAUUCAGAGUAUAAAAUUGAAAGAGUUGUAGUUCAUAUGCAGUAUCUCACGUGGCCUGCUGCAGGAUUACCAAGCAGUCCUAGACCUCUGCUAUCAUUCGCUACAGAUAUUAUGUCUGAACAAGCAUUGAGACACUGUCCAAAACCAAUAGUCGUCCAUUGUCUUGUUGGUGGACCUCUCAGUGGUCUUUUUGUUCUUGCGGCCGCAACUGUAUGUCAUGUACGUGCCGGUAACGGUGUCGUUGAUGUGCCUCUUGUUUUUUCAACACUCGUCAAGUACCGCAGGUGCUUGAUUAGCAAAGAAUUUCUUUUAUUUGGCUAUCGAAUGGUCUUGUAUCAUGCCCAGGAUACACUUAUGAAACGUGGAAUUUUGUCAUCAACAAAAUCAACUUUUGAUGGAUUUGAUAAUGGAAAGGGUAACAAAGGAAGAUUAGUUAAAAAAAAUCAACAUGCUCAUCCUUCUGAUGAUUUUCUUCAUAAUUUAGGAGUUGGUAUGAAGCAUGGACUUGUACGACAACAAGUUAAAGAUGACAAGGUAGGCCAAUCAGCAAGCCAAAUAACUGUAGAUCCUGAGGAAAAGACUGAUAGAGCUCAACCGGUAGACCCUUUAAGUCAGCUAGAUCCUCUGUGGUCGAUUCGAAAAUAAUUUUACGAAUCAAAGUUAUUGAAUGAUAAAAUUUUUUAAAAUGAUACACAAUUAUUACAUUUUUAUCAAUGAUUUUAUAACGAAGCAUUUAAAGCAUUCUAAAUUUGAUUAGCAAGCUUAUAAAAAAAAGUGAGUGUGAAUAUAGCAGACAUCGGAUAAAUUUUAAAUGAUUAAUUAUUAAUAAAUAGAGUAAAUAAUUAAUAAAAUAAUAUUUUUAAAAAACGUGCAUUUAAAAAGUUUUGAAAUUAAUGUGCAUUUUUUACAAAUAUUUUUUGAAUUAUUUAUUAUUUUAAAUUUGUCUGAUGUCUGCUCCAUUUACAUUCGUAAAAAAAAACUUUAUGACGACAAAACAACAUUUAAUUGAUUGUUAUAUAUACUCAUGCUCGUGAUAAAUAUUUGUACAGAUACUAAAAUAGUUACAUGUAAGGGACAUUAUUAUAUUAACAUAAAAUGUUAAUUUCUUAAUUGAAUAAUAUAC